AUGGCCAACUCUGAAGAUGGGCGCCGUAAGCCCUCAGACAAGACGCAGCCGUCGCCACUGUCUCCGCUGUCACCGAGUGAGCUGCUCGACGAGGCAUCCGAGACGUCGAGCAGUGAAGAACAACACCUGGCCGUCGUCGUCCCCUUCGCCCGACGGCCGUCGGAGUCUCCCCGCAGGGGCGACUGCGCAAAAACAAAUUUGUGCUCUGCACAAGGCUCACGUGCAAGGCCCUUUACAUUAAGCUAUUGCUGCAGCCCACCCGAAGAGUACGCCUUUGUAUCCGAGGCUACCUGGAAGAAAGUCGGCAUCCCAGAACACCGAGACGGCUCCGUGGUUACGUCGCAGCCAGUGCCACCGGUACGACCCCCCCGUUCGACCUUUUGUCGGACGAGGCCGGCCACGAUGCCUCCAGCGGACAACCGAAGCGUGAUACCCUGCGACGCUGGCUGGCACUUUGAGACGGGACCCAUCUCUGACGGUCCCGAUUACCACAGGGCACUCGGAAAACUCGACUUCAAACAUCCGCACUCCAUUGUGGUCGAGUGGAACCUGGUGGCCGGCGUCGCGGCAGACCGCAUCGGUCGACGGCCCGUGCUGUGCUUCUGGCUCGUGCUGCUCUUCUUCGCUGGCACCACGCUCGUGUUCGCCCUCACCGUGCCCGUGUUCGCCGCGCUCCGGUUCCUACUUUCGGCCGGUGCCGCCGGUGUGGUCGUGGCGUCGCACGUGCUUCUGUUCGAGGUGACUGGCGCGCGCUAUCGCGCCUCUUAUUGCGCCGUCGCCAUCGCCAGUGGCAUUUUGGCUGCAGACGUCUACAGUGAGCUCAUCUACGUUUGCAUCCCAAACUGGCACCUGGCACAGGUUGCCUUCAUGAUUCCCUCGUGCUGCAUGAUCGUCGCGGUGUACCUUAUGGAGGAGUCUCCCUGCUGGCUCGUGGCCGUCUCCGAGAUGCGCUACGCCGAGAGCGUUCUCGCGUGGGCGGCCGGCGUCAACAACAUUGAGCCGAGCAUGUUCAGACGCCGCCUCUCUCGCCUCAGGAUCGAGCUGAACCAGCAGAACGAACAGCUGGCCAUGCAGCAAGAACCGGAAGGCGCCAUCGUCUCGGAGCACGUGCAGAUAUUCAAUGGAAGUACGCCCCCCGAAGACAAGAGGAACCCAGUAUACCACAGUAGCCUCAGCCGAAAGAUACAUCACGACAUUUUAUUUCCCAUUAAUACACACCUGAACGUGUGUAAAAGGUCCGCGUCUGCGACUUGCUGUCCAAACAGCAUCCUGCGUCACCGGUCUGCCGUCAUAUUCGGCUGCUGGUUCCUGGUGUUUGGCGCGUUCGCGCACUUGACCACGACCAACGUGUUGCGCAACAGCGACCGGGCCCGCAUCACCCUCGUCUUGCUUCGACUGCCUUGCGUCGUGGCGGACGAUUACGCCAUCACGCGCGCCGGUAGACGCCUGUCCCUCGGCUUUAGCAUGCUGGCACUCUCCGUCGUGGCCACCGCCUUGUCAGUGGUGGAGCUGUUCGGCGCCUCGGCGAAGCUCUCCACCGCUCUCGUCAUCUCGGGGCUUCUCGCCUUCGACUUGUCCGCCGUCACGCUGUUCGCCUACUCCGCCGAGCUGUAUCCGACCGUGCUGCGCGGCACUGCGUUGGGUUGCUGCUACAUGAGCGGCCGGCUAGGCGCCUUCGUGGCGCCGUUCGUCAACUUGAUCCCGUCUCCGCCGCUAAGGAGCGCUGCGUACGCCGUCUCGGCCGCCAUGUUUCUGGUGCUGAGCGCGAUGGCGUUCGCGCUGCCGGACACGAGGCAGCUGCCACCUUCCAACACAAUGCAGGGCAUGCUGGCCAUGGAGGAGAAAUGGCUGCUCGGCUCUCCGCUGCGAGUGGCCCGAGGCGGCGGCAAGCGUCGGCGUCCUAGAACGAC